AUGGGACUUUUGGCGAUUUCAAAGGCUUAUGAUAACGUUGCCGUCAACAAACCAGCAUACCAGCAGUAUCCAUUGAGACCAGGUGACGACACGUAUGACGCCAGUAACGCUGUGGACGGACGUAAAACUGACCUGAGAUGGGAUGGUGGUCAAUGUGCUGAAUCAUUUGCCGGAGAAACCGCCACCUGGUGGGUGGACCUGACUAGGAUCCACAGUAUACAUCACAUCACCAUCUUCUUCAGGACGGACAACUCUGGUUGGGGCCACAAUGGAGAAUAUACAAGCAAUUUACUUGGAUUCUCUGUGUAUGUCUCCAAUACCACGGAUAUAUCACAGGGAACGUUGUGUUUUAAGGACAGCAACUUCACCAUAAUAUCAAUACCUCCUGUUUUCACAACAAACUGUUUUGUUCAUGGCCAAUAUGUCAUCUACUACAAUGAGAGACUUCCAGGAGUUGUCUACCCUGAUGGUUAUGAACGUUUUGUAUAUAGUGCACUCUGUGAAUUAGAGGUGUAUGGUUGUCAAGCAACAGGGUUUUACGGAUCUAACUGCUCCAUUCCCUGUCCAGACGUUAACUGUCAGUACUGUCACAUAGAAACGGGCACCUGUCAGGGAUGUAAGCCUGGGUACCAAGGUCAUCACUGUGAAUUAGAAUGUGACAGAGGAUCGUAUGGUUUUGGAUGCAGUGAAACAUGUGGACGCUGUCGUUAUGUCAGCCAAUGUUCCCAUAUCAAUGGGACAUGCUUAACUGGAUGUGAAGCUGGUUUUAAAGGGGACGUAUGUAAAACAGACUGUGACAGGGCUUCAUACGGUGUUGACUGCAACGAAAUUUGUGGAAACUGUGCUAAUGAAAGUCAAUGUUCUAACAUCAAUGGAACAUGCUUCACUGGAUGCAAUGCUGGCUACGAGGGGGACUUGUGUAAAACAGUGUGUCCUGAAGGCUUUUAUGGUGUUGCAUGCAAUAAAACGUGUGGAAAUUGUCGUGACGUAAACCAGUGUGACCAUGUAAAUGGAACGUGCUUAACUGGAUGUGAUGCUGGAUAUUGGGGGAGCUUGUGUAACACACCUUGCUCACACGGAUUUUUUGGGUACGAUUGUUCUGAGAGAUGCCUUGACACAUGCGCCGGAUGUAAUAAUGUCACUGGUUUGUGUGACUCCGGAUGUAAGCCUGGCUGGAAAGGUUACUUUUGUUAUAAAGCAUGUCCACGUGGUUAUUUUGGAAAUAAAUGUACUGGAAAAUGCAAUGACACAUGUUCCGGAUGUAAUAAUGUGAAUGGCGUUUGCGACUCUGGAUGCAUACCUGGCUGGAGAGGUUAUCACUGUAACGAAGAAUGUGACAGAGGGUCGUAUGGUAUUAUAUGCAAUGAAACAUGUGGACACUGUCUUGAUGUAAGCCAAUGUUUCCAUAUCAAUGGGACAUGCUUAACUGGAUGUGAAGCUGGUUUUAAAGGUGACGUAUGUAAAACAGAUUGUGACAAGGGUUCAUACGGCGUUGACUGCAACGAAAUGUGUGGAAACUGUUUGAAUGAAAGUCAAUGCUCUAAUAUCAACGGAACAUGCUUCACUGGAUGCAAUGCUGGCUACGAGGGGGACUUGUGUAAAACACAAUGCAAUAAAGGAUCUUAUGGAUAUGAAUGCAAUGAAACAUGCGGGCACUGUAGAAACAUAAGCUAUUGCUUUCCGAUUAAUGGUACUUGCUUAACUGGAUGUGAUGUUGGCUAUGAAGGAGCCUUAUGUAAAACACCAUGCAACAAAGGAUUUUUUGGUGUUAACUGCAGUGAAAAAUGUGGACAAUGUCGUAAAAUAUACCAAUGCCACCAUAUAUAUGGUACAUGUUUAACUGGAUGUGCUGCUGGUUAUCAGGGGGGCAUGUGUAAAACAGGAUGUGGCAAAGGAUCAUAUGGUCUUCAAUGUAAACAAACGUGUGGACACUGUCGUGAUAUCAACCAAUGCUCCAAUAUCAAUGGCUCUUGUUUAACUGGAUGUGAUGCUGGUUUUAAUGGAGAAUUAUGUAAAACACGUUGUGACAAAGGUGCAUACGGCUUUGAUUGCAAAGAGAAAUGUGGAAACUGUCGUGAAAUCGGUCAAUGCUUUCCUACAAAUGGAACAUGCCUAACUGGUUGUGAUGAUGGUUAUCAGGGAGACUUGUGUAAAACACAAUGUGACAGAGGAUCGUAUGGUAGUGAAUGUAAUGAAACAUGUGGACACUGUCGUAAUAUAAGCCAAUGCUCCAAUGUCAAUGGAACUUGCUUAACUGGAUGUGAUGCUGGUUUUAAAGGGGACUUGUGUAAAACACAAUGUGACAAAGGAUCGUAUGGUAUUGGAUGCAAUGAAACAUGUGGGCAAUGUCGUGAUGAACACCAAUGCUCUCAUAUCAAUGGGACUUGCUUAACUGGAUGUGAAGUUGGUUUUAAAGGAGACAUAUGUAAAACAGAUUGUGACAGUGGUUCAUACGGCGUUGACUGCAACGAAAUUUGUGGAAACUGUCUCAAUGAAAGUCAAUGUUCUAAUACCAAUGGAACAUGCUUCACUGGUUGCAAUGCUGGCUACGAGGGUGACUUAUGUAAGGCACAAUGCAAUAGAGGAUCUUAUGGAUUUGAAUGCAUUGAAACAUGCGGGCACUGUAGAAACAACAGCUACUGCUUUCCGAUUAAUGGUACUUGCUUAAUUGGAUGUGAUGUUGGCUAUGGAAAUGCAUAUUUUAAUUUCUGA